ACCAACAACAACUCUAUGGUGAUUUUGCGGGCUUCGGAGCUGCUCUGGUCUCGCGCUCAGCUGCUGCUGCAACGGCGGCGACUGCGGCAGGAGCAGCAUCCCCGCGUCCACCCCGAAGGCGGCGGCGGCAGCUGCAGCAGCAGCAGCAGCAGCAGAAGUAACGGCAUGGACUCCCGCCCGGCCCCGCUGCCUCGCGCUACCCCCUGGCGCUCCCUGCCUUGCCCGCGCGCCCAACUCCGCCUCGACCUGGUGCUCUGUGGCGGGCAGACCUUCCGGUGGUCCGAAACCAGCCCUGGCUACUGGACUGGUGUGUUGGCAGGACGUGUCUGGACCCUGACCCAGUCAGAAGAACAGCUCUGGUACACGCUUCAUGAAGAGGAGAAGGAGGAUGGCAGCAGAGAAGAAGAUGGUCUCUCUGAGCCACCGCUGAAGAAAGGCAGGAAACAGGCACAGCCCGAAGCCAUCCGCGCUGGUACCAGCGAGCGCCCGGGCGGCCAUUUGUCAGGAGAGCUGGCCCGGGGGACGGAUGGGCUGACUCCCUCGCAGAUCCUCCAGGAUUAUUUCCAGCUGCACGUCAACUUGUCUGCGUUGUACCAGGGCUGGUCCUAUGUGGACUCUCACUUCCGAGAAGUGGCCAUCAAGUUCCCAGGGGUGCGGGUGCUGCGACAGGACCCCGUAGAAUGCCUCUUCUCCUUCAUCUGCACCUCCAACAACCAUUUGUCGCGCAUCACCAACAUGAUCCAGCACCUGUGCCAGGUCUUUGGGCGCCGCCUCUGUCAGCUGGACACCAAGACGUACCACGCGUUCCCCUCGCUGCAGGCAAUGGCAGGAGCAGACACAGAAGCCCGGCUGCGGGACCUUGGUUUCGGAUAUCGGGCGAGGUUUGUUAGCGAGAGUGCCCGCGCUGUUCUGAAGACGCUUGGGGGUGCUGCCGGCUUGCAGCAGUUGAGAGCCGUUCCUUAUGAACAGGCUCGACAUGCCUUGUGUACGCUGCCUGGAGUGGGAGCCAAGGUGGCUGACUGUGUGUGUCUCAUGUCUCUGGACAAGGCGGAGGCCGUGCCGGUGGACACCCAUAUAUGGCAGGUUGCCAAGCGGUACUACGGCCAAGAGCUCGGCAUGGGGGCCCGCAGUGUGACCGAGCGGGUGCACCGAGAGAUCGGGAACUUCUUCCGGAGCCUGUGGGGACCAUAUGCUGGAUGGGCACAAGCGGUUCUUUUUUGCGCCGAUCUACGAAAGUACCAGGAAUCUUCCGAUCCGGAUGCCAAGCACCGCUGUGUCAAAGUUGCCAGGAGCACCCUUCCUACCUUGACAUCGUAACCUCUCCCACAGCCUCCCGUUUUGUGUGCCUGGCUUGGGCAAGUAAGAAAAAACCAUUUCCUCUACAGGGCUGGAGGUGCAUAGAAACAUCCGCACCGAGAACAGGGGCUGCCAGAGAGAGGCAGGCAGGUGUGCUGUGGAGCUCUCCUCUUAGUUAAACUGCUGUUGUCUUUUUCCACCAGGGGUCUCUCGUGGUGGUUGUAAGCUUGAUGUGUAACCGCAAUGUAUUAUAGAAUAGAAUCCU